AUGGGGGGAGCAGUUAGUGCUGGUGCUGAUAAUGAUGAACUUAUUGAUAAUUUAUUGGAAGCUGAUUAUAUCACAAGCUCAGAAGUGGAAAAAGUUUUCAGGGCUGUUGACAGAGCUCAUUAUUUUAGUGCCGAGUAUAAACAGAGAGCAUACAGUGAUUUAGCAUGGAAAUGUGGUAACCUGCAUAUUUCAGCUCCUUGUAUUUACAGCAGAGUUAUGGAAAGUUUAAAGUUGGGUCCUGGAAUGAGUUUUUUGAAUUUGGGUUCAGGCACUGGUUACUUAAGUACAAUGGCAGGAUUACUUUUAGGUUCCUAUGGUGUUAAUCAUGGAAUAGAAAUUCAUGAAGAUGUUUUAAAUUAUUCCACCAAUAAGCUUAAUGAAUUUAUUUUAACUUCAAGUGCAAUAGAUGAAUAUGAGUUUUGCGAGCCAAAAUUUGUAAAUGGUAAUUGUUUAUACCUUGGUAAUUGUGCUCGUCAGUAUGACAGAGUGUACUGCGGUGCAGCUUGUCCAGAAAAUCAAGAAAAUUAUAUGAAAAACUUAAUUAAAGUUGGAGGUAUAUUAGUAAUGCCAAUUAACGAUCAGUUAUUGCAAAUAUACAGAAAAUCUGAUGUUAACUGGGAGUCCAAAGCUGUUUUACCUGUUUCUUUUGCAUCAUUAAUAUCUGGCAAGAUCUCAGAAUGUUAUGAACCUUUAAAAAUGCCAAGUACAGACCCUAUGUCUCUUCAAGACAUUUGUCGCUUUACUGUACGUUCUAUCUUAAGACGCAAUAUAGAUAUUGAACAUCCAGAAUUGAAAGAACCGCCAAAAGUGCCAAGAAAACGUGCGAAAAAAAAAAAUAUACGUCGAUUAGUAAUUCCGAUUUUUAGUGGAAGUUCUGAAGGUGAAGAAGAUCAGGAUGUUCACCAAGCCACAACAUCACUUAAUGAUGCUCAACAAUUUUUAAUGAAUGUAAAUACUGCUCAAACAUGCAGAUCUUUAGUGGAAUGGAGUCAAUUACUACAAGAUACAUCAGCCCAAUUGCUUGAUACUAUCGAAAAUAGAUGUGCAGCUGAUUCUAGUCUAGAAAAUGAUUUAUUUACAGAAACUGAAAAUAAAAGUGAAGUAAUGGAGGAAGAUUCUGAUAUUGUUUUACCUGAAGAAAAUUCAAAUGGUAAUAUUCUUGAAGAAAUGUCAGAUGAAGAAUUUCUAUCUGACAUUGAGGAAUUGCAGAAUAUAUUUACAGAGACAGAAGAAUCAGAAAGAGUUUUGAAUGUAUCAAACAAACGUAUAAGUCGUAAAAAAGAACGUUUUGUUGAAUCAGCUCAUGAAAUGGAAGAUAAACAAACAGUUUGUAAAUCGAGAAGAGAAAAAAUUGACAGUGGUAUAGUAGAUGAUAUUGAAACAUGUAAAGCUAGCACAGAUUCCGAACAGGAAGACUUUGCUGAAAUGUCUCACGAUGUGAUUUUUAAACCAGGAUAUCAGUGCCUCUUUGAAGGUUCAUACCCUUUUUGA